GUCGCCGCGGCGCUGCUGCUCAGUGUCCGGGGGUCUUCCUAACUGCCUCCGCGUGGCGCCAGCCUCGAGCCGCCCUUCCCCUGGCGGCUGCGGCCGGAGGGAGCGGAGGUGAGCGGGAGGCGAGCUCCAUGGAGAGCGACGGACGCCCCUGCAAAGGCGGCGCCCUCAUCUCGGCACCCGGGCUCCAGUGACCCGCGCUCGCGCCCCGUCCCGCCCGCGUCAGUGCGGCCGCCCGCCCCGGGACCGACCGGCCUCGCCGCGCCUCCCGCACCCCCCAGCGCGCCCGGCUCCCCUGCGCCCGACUCACCCUCGCCCCAACUUCCCGGCGGGGUGGCGGCGCCCGGGUCCUCGCGGCGGCGGCCGGAGCAGCAGCGGCAGCAGGAGCCCGCCUCUAUGAUGAAGUUCAAGCCCAACCAGACGCGGACCUACGACCGCGAGGGCUUCAAGAAGCGGGCGGCGUGCCUGUGCUUCCGGAGCGAGCAGGAGGACGAGGUGCUGCUGGUGAGUAGCAGCCGGUACCCAGACCAGUGGAUUGUCCCAGGAGGAGGAAUGGAGCCUGAGGAGGAACCUGGUGGUGCUGCCGUGAGGGAAGUUUAUGAGGAGGCUGGAGUCAAAGGAAAAUUGGGCAGACUUCUGGGCGUGUUUGAGCAGAACCAAGACCGAAAGCACAGAACAUAUGUUUAUGUUCUAACAGUCACUGAAAUAUUAGAAGACUGGGAGGAUUCUGUUAAUAUAGGAAGGAAGAGAGAGUGGUUCAAAGUAGAAGAUGCAAUCAAAGUUCUCCAGUGUCAUAAACCUGUACAUGCAGAGUAUCUGGAAAAGCUAAAGCUGGGUUGUUCCCCAGCCAAUGGAAAUUCCACGGUCCCUUCCCUUCCAGAUAAUAAUGCCUUGUUUGUAACCACGGCACAGACCUCUGGGUUGCCAUCUAGUGUAAGAUAGAGAGAACUGGGAAGGCCUCUCCCACCAUGUGCAGUCUCAUAGGGAGAGGCUUCUUUCUUUUCCUCGUCGGACAUCUGAAUGAUGCUUGCAAACUGUCUGAAUUUGCCAUGCAAGGUUUUCAAACAAUUUGCAUGCUUUUCAGAUGCUUUCAAAUCUUUUUUAAAAAAUAGUGUAAAAUAUUUUAAUAAGCCAAAGCCAUGUGGAAUUUUUUUUAGAUGCCUUAACUGUGCCACACCCCACAACCCCCGGUAUUAUUUUGGUUGUCUAUUUCUCACAGCAUAUUUUCAGGUUUUUGUCCAUUUGACAUCAGUCUGUGGUUUGUUUUGUCAACAGAUUACUUAUGGGUAUACUUCCCCCAAAAUUGUUUUCUCAUUCACAGCAUUAGCAUAUUCAGCAAAUCCAUCUGUCGUGGCAAUGAAAAAUACUAUUGGUAUUAAAGAAAUCCAUUCACCCCAAAACUUCUUUAUAGGAUUACAAUUUUAAUUCAGAUUUUCCAGAUUUGGCCUACUUCUGUAUGAGCCAGUAAUUAUUUUGUCAAAGGGCUUAAUUUGCCAUUUUUAGGGAUUUGUCAACUUCAUUUGUCUGAAUUUUCACAACUGGUAUUAUGUCACUAGCUAUCUGAUAUGGCUUUUUCCCUUAAAACUCAGUAGUACCUUAACACAAAGUAUAACUCUAUAGAGUUGGUGAAUAUUUUAGGGAAAUAUUAGCAAAAUGCAUGUAGUAAAGACAUCAUGAAAAUUGUAUUCAUGGAAUUUGAUUUAGCAUGCUCUGUUGCCAGUUCCCAUUAUCGAUACUCUCUUUUUACACCGAGUAUCUUAGAACCAUAUUUCCUUCAAUGUUAAUUGCUCUUAAAAUGUAUUCUCAGUUAUUUAAUCUAGUGGCCCCCCAUAGGAGUGUAGUCUUGAAAGCUAAUUUUAAAUGCCAGUCAGUGAUUUAUUAUAUCACCGUUGAGUAAAAUGGCCUUCCUGUUCAGCUGUUAGAGACUGAAGAUUGUUAGGGCACCUUAGAAUGUCUCAUCUUUUCUAGGUUGUCAACAGGUAACUAUUUGUCACAUAACUUCGAGGCACUAGAACAUAUCUGAACUAAGAAUUAAAUCUUUUACUUUAUACUCACUUAAAAUCAAGAAUCCCAUCUAAAAUACAUCGGUAGGUACCUUACGUGAAACUCUGCACUUCCCCAACCAGGGUAGAAAUGAGGUGGGAGAAGCUUGACUAAGAUGAGGGGUGGGGGAAAGUAGAAGAUCAUUUUUUUAUAUAGACUUCAGUUCUUUGUAAAUAUUGUAACUGAAUAUAGAGUAGAAAAAAGUAUAGUUAAAACAUUUGUUGUACAAAUUAACCUUUAAAAAUAUAAUCACUGCUAAAAAUAGAGCGCUGUUACACUUCAGGAAAAUUGGUGCCGUUCUGAAAAUGAGAUCUUGUGCCAUAAAUACAGCUAAACUAAAUAUAAAUGUUCACAAAUUAAUGCUGUCAAAGGAAUGAGUAAAGCAGAAAAACUUUUAACCAGCGACAUUUCAUUCUAAAGUACAUAGUGUGAUCAAACAUGAUCAUCCAGAAUUUUUAUAUUUUUUCUUUAUGUAGAGGUUACAUAUUCUGGGUGUUCUUUUAUAAAGGAAACAUUUUAAAUCCCACAAAUUGAUACUUUCUAUCUUCUCUGGACUAAGAUUUUUUUGGUCAGUAAUCUCUGAAAUUUCCUUUACUUAACAUAGCAGAGAAACUGGAUUGUUUUUGUAUAUUAGACUGCUUCCACCUGAAAUGCUGUCAUAAGUAAUGGGGGGUGGGGGCGUGCAUAUCUUGUACAUGAUAUUCUUAGAGGUAAUAAGGUAAUAAUGCAUGAACUUAUUUUAUAAACUCUUGGACUAUGUAUUUGACAUGUAAAAUAUGUACAGUAUUAAUGUCAGCCAUCUCUUUAAAGUUAGCCUAUAAAUAUUGUUGUAUAAUUUUCUGUGGUCAGAAACAUUUGGACUAAAUAGUGACAGUCAGGAUUUUCAGUGCCAUUUAGCAAACCGUCUUUAGUCUAUGCAACUAGCAAAAAUCUGCAUAAUGCAACAAUACAAUUUUCACACUUUAAAUUUUACACGAGGGGUUUUUCACAAUUCUUCUGGAACCCAGUCUAGCAAAAUUAGAGGAAAGGCCCUAGGAACAUUUAUUUCUGUUAAAUAGUUAACUCUACUGAAUAUAACAAAUAGUAUCUACUAUCUCAAUCCUCCAAAGUUUGCAGAGUGUUGGGACUGUCAUUUGUGAUUUUUUUUUUUUUCCUUUUUGGUGGGGUAGUUGAAUAAAAUUGGGCAGCUCAAUUUUUCAGUUCCAUGUGCCUCCCAAACAAAAAACAGAAAAGAAGUUUUUGUGAAUUGACUUGCAGACAAACUGUCCUGCAUGAUGUUAUUUUCUAAACAGAUGACAUUUCCAACCAGGCACAUGCCAUCCAAUUUUCUGUCAAUCACACUGUUUUAUGUAUGAUGCAGCAGAACUAAAGGGGAAAAUGAUUGUUGUAUACACUGAAUUGCUUUGCAUGGUCUCAUUUGAGAUACUUGGUGUAAGAAUCUUGACUUUUUUAUAUUUGGAAACAUCAAAUAAAAAUG